ACUCGUUGUACGGUGCAAGUAACCGUGUAGGUAUAUAAACACCACCAUCUCCGGAGCCCCAAAUAAUUUGCUUCAUUUCCUGGCGGGAAAUUCCCAAAUCUCACACACUACACACACACUCAAGAUCACAACGCCAUGGAAGACGAACCCGAUGUUCCUGAACCACUCGUUCGCCGCUCGAAAAGGAAUAGGGUUCAGACGAGGACUUUCGAUGGGUUAGUAAGUGAUAUUAGAGACAUUGUCGAGUCUGAGGAGGAGUCUGCAGAUGAAUUCGUCGAACCUCGUCGGAAACCUACCCGAACUCGAACUGUGGAAGCAGCUCCUUCUACUACGGCAUCGAAAGCUUUUGAUCAGAAUUUAAUCGAGGUCGUUAAAAGCAAUGGGAAAUUCAUUCCACAAGUGGUUAAAUCAUGGGUCGAGCGAUAUGAGAAGGAUCCGAAGCCUGCAAUGGUUGAACUCUUAACAAUGCUGUUUGAGGCUUGUGGAGCUACAUAUCACAUCCAAGGAGAAUUCUUGGACGAAACUAAUGUUGAUGAUGUUGUAGUUGCUCUUGUAAAUCUGGCUGCACAAGGCAGAGUUGAAGACUAUCAAAAUUCAAAAAAGAAGGAAUUCAGAAGUUUUAAGGAGAACCUUGUCUCAUUCUGGGAUAAUUUGGUAUCAGAGUGCCAAAAUGGACCGUUGUUUGAUCAAGUCUUGUUUGACAAGUGCAUGGACUAUGUUAUUGCUUUGUCAUGUACUCCUCCGAGAGUUUAUCGCCAUGUUGCUUCCAUGGUGGGGCUCCAGAUGGUCACCUCCUUCAUAGGGGCUGCCAAGAUACUUGCUGCCCAUCGCCAGACUACCCAAAGGCAGUUAACUGCUGAGAAGAAGAAAAACUCUGAGGGGCCUCAUAUCGACUCACUUAAUAAGAGGCUUUCAGAGAUGCAUGAAAAGAUCACAAUGAUAGAGGAGAUGAUGCGCAAAAUAUUUACAGGGUUGUUUGUGCAUCGUUAUCGAGACAUUGAUCCUGAAAUCCGCAUGUCGUGCAUACAAUCACUUGGAACAUGGAUCAUCUCAUACCCAUCACUGUUCUUGCAGGAUUUGUACUUGAAGUAUCUUGGAUGGACACUGAACGACAAAAAUGCUGGUGUUAGGAAAGCUUCAGUCCUUGCAUUGCAAAAUCUGUAUGAUGUGGAUGACAACGUGCCAUCUCUCGGAUUGUUUACUGAGCGAUUUUAUAAAAGAAUGUUGGAUCUUGCUGAUGAUCUUGAUCUGUCUGUUGCAGUGUGUGCCAUCAGUCUUGUAAAACAACUUUUGAGGCAUCAGUUGGUUCCGGAUGACGAUUUAGGCUCAUUAUAUGAUUUAUUAAUUGAUGAUCCUCCCGAAAUCAGGCAUGCCAUUGGGGCGCUUGUGUAUGAUCAUGUUGUUGCUCAGAAGUUCAACAACUCACAGUCUCGUUCAUCAGGAGAUGAAGGCGAUUCAUCACAUAUUCAUCUUCUCAGGAUGCUGCAAAUACUAAGAGAGUUUUCAGCAGAUCAAAUGCUAAGUACCUAUGUGAUUGAUGACAUUUGGGAGUUCAUGGAUGCCAUGAAGGACUGGAAGCGUAUAAUCUCUAUGCUGUUGGAUGAGAAUCCCUCAAUUGAGCUUACAGAUGAUGAUGCAACAAACUUGACACGAUUGUUCUGUGCAUCUGUCAAGAAGGCUGUUGGAGAGAGGAUUGUUCCUGUUAUCGACCAUAGGAAACAGUCCUACACUAAAGCUCAAAGGGAAAUGAUUGACAGCAAUAGGAAGGAUAUAACCGUUGCUAUGAUGAAGAACUACGCACCACUUAUGCGCAAAUAUAUGACUGACAAAACGAAAGUCCCUUCACUUGUUGAAAUUAUUGUUCACAUGAAUCUUGAGCUUUACUCACUGAAGAGACAGGAACAGGGUUUUAAAACGGUUCUUGACCUGAUAAUAGAGACAUUCUUCAAACAUGGUGACAAAGAUGCUCUGCGAUCUUGUGUUAAAGCUAUCAACUUCUGCACAACUGGAAGCCGGGGUGAGCUACAAGAUUUUGCUCAAAAUAAACUGAAGAAGCUUGAGGAGGAGCUUAUUGUUAAACUUAAAGCUGCAAUAAAAGAAGUAGCGGAUGGUGAUGACGAGUACUCACUUCUUGUAAACAUGAAGAGAUUAUACGAGCUGCAAUUGUUAAGGCCUGUACCAAUUGAAAGUCUGUAUGAUGAUAUCGCUAUGGUUCUAAAAAAUUUCCGCCACAUAGAUGACGAGGUUGUCAGUUUCCUGCUUCUCAACAUGUAUAUACAUGUUGCCUGGUGUUUAUGCUCGAUUAUGAACAGCAAAGUUGUCUCUGAGGAAUCAUUGUCUUCUCUGGUAUGCAAACGGAACGUUCUAUUUAAUGAGCUUGAUUACUUUUUGCAAAACCCACCUGAAGCUCAAGGAAAGGGAACUUCUAGAAACCUCAUUGCUAGUAGGGUCUGUACAAUACUUGCAGAAUCGUGGUGUUUGUUCAGAAAGCCGCUCUUUGAAGCAACACAUCUGGAAAGUUUAGGAUACUGUCCUGACAUCUCUACCAUUAGAAGAUUCUGGAAGCUUUGUGAGCAGCAGUUUGAUGUUUCAGAUGAGACGGAAGAUGAAGAAGCUAACAAAGAGUAUGUGGAAGAGACGAAUCGAGAUUCUAUUAUGAUUGCAGCUUCCAAGCUAGUUGCAACUGAAGCUGUUCCCAAGGAGUAUUUGCAGGAGCAUCUUGCCCCGGAUAUCAUUUCUCAUUAUGUAAUGCAUGGGCCAGGUGUGGCUGAAGUAGUAAAAAGUCUGAUUAUUUCUCUUAGAAAAAAGAACGAAGAUGUGUCUGAUAUAUUUCUAGGGGCACUCAAACAGGCAUAUGGGAGGUAUCUGAGUACGGCCGACAAUGAGUCAUUGUCUGCCCAGAGGUUCAAAGAAUGUAAAGAUCUGUCUGCUCGGCUUUCUGGUUUCUUUGUUGGAGCAGCUGCACGCAUGAAAUACAGAGGGGUCAUAUUAAAAAUCAUGCACAAUGGAAUCAAUCUUGCCUUCAUGGAUCGUCCAUGGCGUUUGCCUUUUUUAAUGGCUGCUAUUAUAAAUUUCGCAUCCAGGCUUGCUAAGUCUGAUAAUCUUGCCAUUAUAAAGGAUCUUGAGGAUCGAACAAGAGGUGAAAACAUGGAUCAAGAUCCAAGUGGGUGGGCCCCAUUCAAGGCAUUUAUGGCCAGCCUACAUGAGAAAUGUUUGAGAAAUGAAGAUGAAAAAGAGGUGAGUACUGUUAAACGUGGGCGGGGUAGGCCACGUAAGAAACCACCAUUGAUGGAGGGGAAGAAACUGUUUGCUGACAACAGCUCAAGUGAAGACGAGGAUUCCAUAGAUGAGGAAGAAAAUCAAAUGGAUGAAGAUGACGAGGUGCCUAUGAUACAUUCCAUUAGAGCAUCUGCUAAACUAAGGGCACUCAGACUUGCAAACAAAGGACACGAUCUGCCCGCUUCUGCAUCAAAGACGUGACGUGACGUAAAAGUGACCUACCUUUAACUAGGGAGAGGAAGCAUCAAGUUGGAGGGGUUUAAUUAAAAAGAUGUCGUUUAUUAGGUGUAGACGAUAGAGAAUAUGUAGAUUGUUGUUUUAUCAUCCUCAUGUGUGUGUAAUUUUAUGCACAAAGCAUGUGUUUACAGGGAAGGGAAGGGGGAGGGGUUAAUUAGUUUUGUAUGUUCUCAUUUCUGCAGUAGAUACUUAUCUUGUUCAGGUCAGCCUUGUAACAUUUUAUAUCUU